AUGGUUCAAGAGAUAAUCAAUACCGUAACACCAGAUAAAACAUCAGCAGUUAAUAUUGGUGAAAUACCAUCUGAUGAAAAACGUAAAAAAGUUGGAAAUUAUAUUAUUUUAAAAACAAUUGGUGAAGGUAGUUUUGCUAAAGUACGAUUAGGCAUUCAUAUAGUUACUGAAAUGAAAGUUGCAGUUAAAGUUAUUAAUAAACGUGAAGUAUUUAAACGAAAUUAUUUACGUGCUAAUUUACGUCGUGAAGCUGCAAUGAUGCAACGAAUGUCUCAUUCAAAUAUUGUUCAAUUACAUGAAGUUAUGGAAACAGAAAAUUCUUAUUAUAUUGUAUUAGAUUUAGUUCAAGGAACGGAAUUUGUUAAAUAUUUAACAAAAAAAAAACAAUUAGAUGAAAUUGAAACAAGAAAAUAUAUUCGACAAAUUGUUUCUGCUGUUGAUCAUAUGCAUCGUGCUAAUGUUAUUCAUCGAGAUAUAAAAUUACAAAAUUUUAUGCUUGAUCAAAAUAAUGAUAUUAUUAUUAUAGAUUUUGGUUUAAGUAAUAGUCUUGAUGAAAAAGGUUUUUUAACUACUCAAUGUGGUUCACCAGCUUAUGCUGCUCCAGAAAUUUUUGCACAUCAAGAAUAUGGUCCAUCUGUUGAUAUAUGGAGUAUUGGUGUUAAUAUGUUUGCUAUGUUACUUGGUAAACUUCCAUUUAAAGUUGAACAACGUAGUCGAAAUCUUGCUAAACUUCAUGCAUGUAUUCUUAAAGGAUGUGAAAUACCAACUACACUUUCUAAAGAUUGUCAAGAUUUAUUAACAAGAUUAUUGGAACCAUCACCAACAAAACGAAUAUCUAUGCAAGAAAUUCUUCGACAUCCAUUUUUAGUACAUCAUUUAGGACCUAUUGAAUUAAUUCCAUAUAAACCAAAUUCGGAUAUGAAAGAAAUCAAUAAAAAUAUUAUCAGAUAUCUUGUAUUUAAACAUGGUUAUUCCGAACAAGAAACUGAAGAAGCUGUUUUACAUCGAAGACCAACAGCAGCUCGAGCAUUUUAUACAUUAAUUGAACGACGUCUUCAAGAAGGUCUUGGUUGGCCAGAUCAAAAUUAUAAAACUUCUGUCGCAAGUACACCAUCAACAGUCAAAGGUAGUAGUGUUGUUGAUGGCUACUCCGAUGUUGUAGUUCUUGAUAAACUUAAUCGUAAUGAACCAUUAUUACCUAAUCGUCGUGAAAUAUAUCGACAACCAUCUGUAUCAAAUAAUAAUCCGAAUAAAAUUUCUCGAGAUAAACCAAAUUAUCUAUUUGAUGAAAAUCUUAUUGUACGAGGUAGUAAUAAUGGUACUAUUACUAGUGGUUUAACACAAGAAGCAUUCAAUGAAUUAGUACCACAUCCACGAUUAGCUGCACGAAAAUCUAUUCAUGAUAUAAUUCUACGAAAUCAGUCAUCUAUUCCUGGUCAUGGUGAUAAUACAGAAGAAUAUAGUAAUUCACGACGAACGGUCUAUUCAAAUUGUCUUGCACCAAUUAAAGCUUCUAUAAGUCCACAACGAGAAAAUAUUAUUAUUGCUCAACAACCACAAUCAACAAUCAAAACACGUAGUUUACCUAAUUCAACACUUGAUCAUGCUAAUCAAAAUGGUUUUCAUUUACCACAUGAUCCAUAUAAUUCUCGUACAUCAAAAGCUCCUAGUCGAAUAUCACAUGUUGAACAACCAAGAAAAUCACAAGAAAAUUCUCCAGUACGAUAUAAUCCUCCUUCAUCAGUAACAGUUAAAGCUAUUGGAUUAUUUUUAAAAAAUUCUACAAUAAAUUCACGUCUUGGUUCUUGUACAAGUAGAUCAUCGAAAGUUACUCAUGGAGAAACACUUGAAAUUCAACAACAACAAUCACCAACAUUAAAAUUCUAUCCAAAUAAUAAUCAAACAGUCAUUAAUUAUCGUUCACAAGGACAUGUAACAUCCAAAGAUCCAACAAGACAGACACUUGUUAAAACAAAUGGAUCAUCAAAUAAAGUUUAA